CCAAAAUUCUUGAUUGAUUUUUCUAUCCUCGUCAGGAAAGUAUUAAGAAGAGGGCAUGAAAGGAAUACCGUCUCGUAUCUCACUGUAAAAAAUACGUAGUUUAGUGACGUUUAUUAUGUUGGUAAAGUUUGUUGGUAGCACUACUUAUUGCUGAGUGCAGGAAGUAAAGUAAAUGUAGAAAAAAAUGAUUGUAAGGUGAAGCACUGUGAAAAAUAUCUCAAAAUAAUUAUAAGGAAAAGCGGCAAAUUUGACAAGUUACUACUACGUUUUAAUGUUGUGGCGAAAACACGCCGCUUUGUGUUUUUGCGAAUUAGUCAUGAACUUGUCGAUCUGACAUUAAACUUGUGCACUGUGCUGUGUGCGCGACUCGAUGUGAUGCCAGUGUUAUUUACUGUACAGCGCCGAACACCAGUGACAUCAUGUUAACAAUCAGAAGAAACAUAAUCUGAUACAGCAAAUGCAGUAGAUUUGAAGCAGCAAUACUCCACUAUGAAUAGCACAAAGAAGAUACAGCACAAGGAAAUUUUUCUGGCAUGCAUAUUUUUAUCUCAUUUUGCUGCUAUAUGUUCAGCAGAAGCAACUUAUUAUGAACAACAAAGUGAUGUGUGUGGACACACUCACUAUAGUGCUCCACAAGGAAGAAUAUCAAGUCCACAUUAUCCAUUUCCAUAUCCAAAUUACACCAGUUGUACAUGGGUAAUAACAACUUCAGCCCAGCAUCCUCUUAAUAUAAGGGUAACAGAUCUUGACAUCGAAGAUGAUGCUAACUGUAAACAUCCUCCAUGUUGUGUGAGCAAUUGGUUAUCUAUUCCAAGAGCAGGAGGAGGAUCAAAACAAAAAUUGUGUGGCAAACUGACACAUUCCGUGAUGGUUACAUUGCGGCAACCACAAGCAGUAAUCAAGUUUCAUUCAUCUGCUGUUCAUAAAGAAGGGAGAGGAUUUUUGAUCGUAUAUAACACAUAUGAUUAUUAUGAAGAUUGUAUGCAUUGCACUGAUGGAAGAUGCGUGCAGGACUUAACAGUGUGCAGUAUGUUUUCCUGUUCUGGAAAACCAGGAGCUCCGUGUAUGGGAGAUAGUUAUGACUGUUUCAAUGAAACUCAAAGGUGUAAUGGAGAGAUAGAUUGUCGGUCUGGCCGAGAUGAGGAAAACUGUCCCCGUCAUAAGUGCUCUUCAGAUGAACGACCGUGCCGUUCUGGACAGGGUUGUUACACAUUUGAACAAGUGUGUGAUUCAAAAUCUGAUUGUGCUGACAACACUGAUGAAACUAACUGUGAUGACACAUGUAUAGGAAGGCAUAAAUGCAGCGAUGGUCGCGGAUGUUAUUCCAGUGUUGAACGGUGUGAUGGAGUACACAACUGUAUGGACAAUUCUGAUGAGGAAAAUUGCUAUAGAAGAUUUCAGUGUGACGAUGGAAAUUAUAUACCACAUUCUGAAUGGUGUGAUGGACAAGAAAACUGUAAAGAUGGAAGUGAUGAACAAGGAUGUAUCAAGAACUCCGUAAUAGCAGCAGCUAUAAUGGGAUCCUUGCUGUGCAGUUUAUUGUUGGUGAUUGCUGUCGGGUGCAUGUGCCGUCUGUACAGUCUGCGCCUUGCUGUUACAAACAGUUACCGUAUUCACCAUAACAGUGGGAGCUUUUCUACACAGCCACCAGUGCCACACCUCGACGAAGAGUUCUUCAAUCGGGAACCACCACCAGCGUACAGUGUGGCAGUCAGUGGGUGCCCUUUACAGUGUGCAGCCACUCAACCAAACAGUAGGCUGUUUGGCAAUGAACACAGUAUGAUGCAGAGACAUCAACAUUUGAGCAGCAGGCGCAUGUCCCGCAGACAUUCAAAUAGGAGGAGAAGUCAGAGGAAUAUUAUGGUCACAGUACCUCCACACUGUGAUCCUAAUGUCACGCUCGGUUUGCAGUCCCAAACUGUGACACCAAAUUAUGCUGGUCUUACAAGCAGCCAGUUGCCAGUUCUCACUCAGUCUUCCGGUGCAGUAUCGGGAGCAAAUGACCCUGUUUUAGUUCAACAGGGUGAGGCAAUACUACCAGCUGAAAACACAAGUAAUAAGUUAAAUAAUACAGUUAGCGGUGUUCCCCAGCCUGCAGCACUUGUGCCAAAUCAGGUAGCAGAAAACUUGCCCCCUCACGCUCUUUAUGAAACCUGUAUUUUAAAUAUACCUGUAGUUCAAACUCCUGCAAGAACGGUUUCCCCAUCUCAUUCCUGUAUAACAUCUGCAUCAGAAUCUCCGAGCAGGAAUAGUGUCACUUCGUCAACAAGUUUGCUUUCGUACCUCUCGGGUGAUGAGGAUGAACAGCUCUUAGUCGUUCCAGCUUCGUAACUUCCCCUCUUUCAUCCUUUGGUUCAGAAAAUUGUAUGCAUAAAGGCAGAAAGUUUUGAAGUAAUAUUAAAGUAUAGCGGUUAAAAAAAAAGAUGGCAUUUUAGAGUGUUGUGUAAUUGUGGUUCAGCUUUGUGUAUUUGAUUGGUAUAUGAAGAGAAAAGUAAAUGAACCAAUUAGCUUAUGUGCUUGAGUUGUGUGUGCCUUUUGUCCCAUCGAAAAAUCAUUUGUGUAAGCUGGUAUUCAUACUGUUGUCAUAAAGAUUUAUGUUUAAAUGUGUGACCUGUCCCUGGUUCAGUUAUUGUACAUUAAAAUGAUCUGUAACUGUAAUCAUUAUGAUAUUGUGUAUGGCUUUCUAGAUUUAUGUUCCAUAAGAAGUACAAUAAUAAAACAAAAUUGCCAUACUACUUAAGUUGAAAAUAUGUGAUAUAAUGGUGGCACAUGGAAUCUCAAUUUAUUCUAGCCACACCCAAUGUAAGAAUAAUGCUCUGUUCUUGCCCGGUAUUUGGCAUGUAGCAGUCUAAAAGCAUUGAUUAAACUGCUGUGUUAGCAUUUACUGUAAUGUCUGUUUUGUUAUAUGUCCUAAUUUUACAUUUAUUUACAGAAAUAUUUUGCUGUACAUAAUUUUGACAUAUUUGACCAGUAAUAAAGUAUUAUUAGUAAUAAACAAA